CAGCAGAUCCUCCGGCUUGCAGUGGGCUGAGCACCCUCGGCUGUAAAACCUGGAAGCCGAAAAUACCUGAAGCAUGAACGUUUAAUUCACCUCACAGCUGUUUUCAUUAUUUUUCAUUAUUGCAGUGUUUUGAGGCUGAAUCCAAAGCCUGGUGAAGAAACGUGGUUCCUCCCUGCCAAGGCUGCGGUGCGUGCUUUCCGCCAGGACUGCAGCCCCUCGCCUCGCCGCGCUCUGACAGCGAGCAUCAUAACAUACUGAGAAAAAAACACCAAAAAGGGUUUUUGCAACAGCAGCACGGGAGGCACGAGGCUGAGCGCAGGCGGCGGUGGCCAUGUUCUGCGCGAGCAGGAAGUGGGCGAGCGGUGCUCGGCCCAGCAGCGAUGGCAGGCGACGAGAGGGACUACAACCUGACGGCGGAGCAGAGGGCCACCAAAGCCAAAUACCCCCCGCUCAAUAAGAAGUAUGAAUAUUUGGAUCACACAGCAGAUGUGCAGCUACAUGCAUGGGGAGACACUUUGGAAGAAGCAUUUGAGCAGUGCGUUAUGGCCAUGUUUGGCUACAUGACUGAUACGGAGACUGUGGAACCUCUGGAUACUGUAGAGGUAGAAGCAGAAGGGCAUGACAUGUUGUCUCUUCUCUUUCACUUCUUGGAUGAGUGGCUGUAUAAAUUCAGUGCCAAUGAGUUCUUUAUACCCAGGGAGGUGAAAGUGCUUUACAUUGACCGAAUGCAAUUCAAAAUAAGAUCAAUUGGGUGGGGAGAAGAGUUCUCUUUACAAAAACACCCUCAGGGCACAGAGGUCAAAGCCAUAACUUACUCAGCAAUGCAGAUCUGUGAAGAAGAAAAGCCAGAAGUCUUUGUCAUCAUUGAUAUUUAAGCAAGAGAAAUGUAACUAAGCCGAUACUUGUCAUUGGUUGACAAAAGUCACAAGAAAACUGUAACCCCCAUGAAUGGGACUAAGGAAUUAGCUGAUUCAAAUCAUAAAUUGAAGGGGGUUGUGGGAAAUGUUAUCCUGUAUUUUGAAUUGAGGAUGGUGAGCCAGACCAACACCUGCAUGCCAGGAAAAAAAGAGCUAGUUGGGUCUGGGGGAGAUUCGAGAAGAGAAUUAAUGGGAUGAAAGUCUCUCAGGAAUGCUGGUAGUCAGCUUUUAAAGCUGAUACAUGUGUUGGGUGCUGUAUGAACUAAGAUAAAUUAGUGGAGCUGCUAGCUAAAUACUAGCUUUUUGUAGGGUGGCAGGAGAUAAUUACAUGACUUCAUUUGCAAAUUUAAAUAGAAUAUUUUUGAGCUCUUUUGUAUUAUCUGAAGGGUCCUAAAUAUCUUCAGUGGAUCAGUCACGCCACCAGGUGGUGCUGACUUCCUGGAAAUAAAUUUCCAGAUAAAAUCUUAAAGCAUGUGACGGUGUACAAGGAAUACUAAUAGCCAUUUAAUAUCCUAAAAAAGUAGACUGCUUUGCUGCCACUGUUAAAAGGAAUUCACCAGAUUCUCCGCAGGUUCACUCCUAACUAUGUGUUGUGAAAACUGAUUCUCAUCUUUUAGAAGAAGUAGACAAUCAGGUUCAGCUCCCAUUUUUUUUUUACAAAGGACAAUGUAGAGCAUCCCUCAGAUGGGAGGACUGUGCAUGGCGAUUCACAUGUCAAACUGACUCUUUUUGAUUAUUACACUGUUUUUUAGCACUGAGAGGAGUCCAUGCAAUUAAUCUCUUUUCAAUAUACACAGCAUUCUGAGCUUGUGUGCCUAACCCCUGAAAAGCUUCUUUUAGCUUUUCCUUUAAAGUCAAACACUAGACUUGAGAUCACUAAAUCAAAAAUAAAUUAAAAAUUGUUUUGUUUUAAAUCACAGGACAGCAAAUGUGCAGUACCUGCCAUUGCUAUUCAAGUGUGACAUAGGCGCAGUGAGUAAGGGAAGGUCUGCACUGCCAAGACCUGUUUUAUAUGGUAAAUUUUAGAGGUGCUUUGCCACUGGAGGUGAUGUCUCAUCUUUAUUUUGCUGUAAAAUCAUCUUAAAUGGACUGGACAAUUUUUAUUUCCUAUUGUGAAGAUGAGGGAUAAAAUCUAUUUUUUUGAGAAACCUUUGACACUGAAAUAAAACCAACUAAAAGAAUUAA